CUGUGUGCUCGCCGGAUGCAAGGAGUUCGCCGUUGCAUUGCCGACGGUAGGACGUCUGUGUCUCGCGCUCUCUCCGAUCGUCGGCUAGAUGGAUGCCUCUCCAGAAACGCUAGAAAUUCUCACCCGGUGCUUCCUCCAAACCUUCUCGCCGGACCGCCAGCCCAGGCGGCAGGCGGAGGAGUACCUCGCCUCGGCGGCCGAAAGGCCCGGGUACGCACUCGCCGUUCUCCGCCUCCUAUGCUCCGCCUCCGCCCCUGACCAGGCCCGCCUCGCGGCGUCCGUCGCCUUCAAGAACCACCUCCGGUCCCGGUGGUCGCCGUCCCCGGACUUGGCAACCUCCGCUAUCGCCGAUGCCGAGAAGGAGCAGAUCAGGACCCUGACCGUCCGCAUUAUGCUAUCGUCUCAGCCCUCCAUUCAGGGCCAGCUGAGCAAGUCCCUCGCCGUCAUCGGCGAGUACGACUUCCCAAAGGCUUGGCCGGGCCUUCUUCCUGAGCUCGUGGCCAGCGUCCGCUCGGGCGCCGCUUCCUUGGACUACUCCGCCGUCAACGGCGCCCUGGCCACCACUCACUCAAUCUUUAAGAAGUUCCGAACCAAGCACUAUACCAAUGACCUCCUCCUCGACCUCAAGUACUGUGUCGACGGGUUUGCCGCACCGCUUCUCGAACUCUUCCUCCAGACCGGACGCCUAAUUGACGCCGCUGUUGCCGGGGGCGGCGGCGGAGACGCCCUUCUCUUCCGCCGGUGGUUCGAGAGCCAGCUUUUUUGUUGCCGCAUAUUCUUCUCUCUCAACUCCCACGAGCUUCCGCAAUUCUUUGAGGAUCACAUGAAGGAGUGGAUGGGCGAAUUCCAGAAGUACCUUACUACGGCCUAUCCCCUGCUCGACAAUGACGAGUCUGGCGGCGGCCGUGAGGUUGCGGACAAGCUCCGGAAGGCCGUCUGUACGAAUAUCAACCUUUACAUGAAUAACAAUGAAGAAAAAUUCCGCCCGUUUCUCUCGGGAUUUGCUUCCGCUGUGGGGAGUUUGUUGGUCUCCGUCUCGGCGAUGCCUAAUCGCGACAGGCUCACAGUUGCCGCCAUUAAGUUCUUGACCACCAUUAGCACCAGUGUCGACCAUUCUUUGUUUGCAAGCCCCGAUACUCUUCGGCUGAUAUGUCAGAGCAUUGUGAUCCCCAAUGUCCGGGUUCGUGAGGACGAUGAGGAGUCGUUCGAGAUGGAUUACGUUGAAUACAUAAGGAGAGACAUCGAAGGGAGCGACGUGGAUACAAGAAGGAGGAUAGCGUGCGACCUUGUAAGAGGGUUGUUGAGGAAGUACCGUGAGCAGGUAAGGGCUUUGUUGUCUGCAGAGAUGCAGAGCAUGAUGGAGAAGUAUGCUGCAAACCCGACGGAGAAUUGGAAAGAUAAGGACUGUGCUAUAUUCUUGGUGGUCUACUUCUCACACCCCCGCAACGAACUGGUGGACGUGUGGAGCUUCUUUAAGGCGGUAAUCGAUCCCGAGCUGAAGUGCGCAGACGUGAACUCGCAGCCGAUGCUGAAGGCCGAUGCAUUGAAGUUCCUCACUACCUUCCGCAGUAGAAUACCAAAAAAUCUGGCGCUCGAGCUCGUUCCCCAUGCUGUUAGGUUUUUGACUGCCGAAUCCAAUGUGGUUCACUCAUAUGCUGCCAAUUGCAUAGAGAAGCUUUUGCUCGUCAAAGAUGACGGAAGGGAACGAUACACUGCUUCUGAUAUAUCUCCUUUCUUGAUUCCCUUGAUGACCAACCUGUAUCACGUGUUUGAAUUGCCGGGAUCCGAGGAGAAUCAGUAUGCCAUGAAAUGCAUAUGGCGUGUUUUUCUUGUCGCAGAGUUUAAUGCAGACUUUGCUGCAGCCUGCAUUGCCGGUCUGAAGACUAGAGUCUAUGAGGUCUGCAAGAAUUCGAAGAAUCCAACCUUUAACCGUUACCUGUUUGAAUCGAUAGUUGAGUUGGUGAGGCGAACUUGCGAGAAGGACCCUUCGCUGAUAAAAACUUUAGAACCAAGCCUGUUCGAUAUGCUUCAGAAGAUAUUGGUUGAAGACAUUAUCGAAUUUCUGCCUUAUGCGCUUCAAAUUUUUGGUCAGGCGAUGGACAUGAACAGGCCACCUCUACCAGCAACCUAUAUGCAGCUUUUUGACGCUCUUCUUUCUCCAGGAUUGUGGUUGAGAGAGGAGAACGUUCCUGCAUUGGUGAGGCUGCUGCAGGCGUACCUUGAAAAGGCUCCCAUGGAGUUGAAACAGCGGCUAAGUGAGGUUCUUGGUAUAUUCCAGACGCUUAUCGGUUCUGCUCUCACGGAUGAGUCUGGUUUCUAUGUUGUGAAUACGGUGAUUGAAAACCUGAGCUACGAUGUCAUGUCUCCGUAUGUUCUUCACAUUUGGAAUGCCCUGUUUACGCGCUUGCACAAACAGAGGACCACAAGAUUCAUAAAAUCCCUGCUCGUAUUCAUGUCUCUGUUCCUGGUGAAACAUGGGCAUUCGACUCUAGUCAACACCAUAAAUGCAGUUCAGGAGAAUCUUUUUGGGGUGAUUUUAGAACAACUUUGGAUUCCACAUCUGAAAUUAAUCACAGGUUCUGUAGAGGUUAAACUAUGCCUGGUUGCCUCAACUGGACUGUUGUGUGAAUCUUCUAGUCUGUUGCAGGAUUCACCACCCGUGCUGAUUUUGUGGGGAAAAUUGCUUGACAGCAUUGUUACAUUGCUGUCACGAUCAGAGCAAGAAAGAGUGGAUGAUGAGCCAGGAGUUUCAGAUAUAUGUGAAGCUGUUGGCUACACUGCAAUUUGGAAGAAAAAAGAGGACCCUGUAGAGGCCAUUAAGGAUCCAAAGGAAUACGUAAUAACAAGUUUGGCAAGGCUUUCAACUCUUUCACCAGGAAAAUAUCCAGCAAUUAUUCAAGGGUCACUGGAUUCAGCCAAUCAGGCGGCGCUUCUCCAGCUCUGCGGCAUGUAUAACUGCUCCAUUGUCUAGGUCACUGUGUGGUGUAACAGUUCGAGAAUUUGAAGAUGAAAGAUUCCUCUUAGCAGAUGUUGCAUCAAGAGAGUGUCUUAGUUGCUGGUUGGUCCGGAAUCUGUCAUUGGAGCACCACUAGCUGGCGUCUGAUCAUCGUCUACCAUAUGUGGCACAUCUUUGAAGCGAGACAUCUACAUGUACGCCAUCGUGCACGGUGCACAGCGCUUAAUGCACGACAAAUUGUGCUCCUGACUUACUUUCAUUGGGUUCUUGGGCCACUCCUAAAGUGUAUGUCAUACACAUGGACCUAUGCACAAUAUAAUGGUACACAGGCUUGUUCAUAUAACCAGCGCAUGUUUGAGCCCAAAACAGUUGGACUAUCAUGGUGUUGUCCUCAGACUUUUUUUCCUUUUCUUUUUGUUG